AUGGAAGCUUCUAUAGUGGAACUUGUUAAUGAAGCGGCCAAAAGGAAAACAAAAAAAUCCAAUGUGUUCACAAACAAGGAUAACGAAUUAAUGAAAAGAUUCCCUGGUCUAAUGGUCCCAAGGGGACAUGAAUUGACUCAAAUGGAUGACUUAGAAAAUCAACGAAAGGAUAAAUUUUGGCAAGCCCCUGAAAAAGAUUGGAUCAAGAUAAAUUUUGAUGGGGCCUCUCUAGGCAAUCCUGGGCAUGCAAGGGCAGCUUGUGUGGCCCAAAAUGAUCAAGGACUCAUUGUGGGGAAAUCAGUUGAAUACAUUGGAAUGACAACAAAUAAUGUUGUGGAAUUUAGAGCUGCCUUGAAAGCAAUCGAACUUGUCAAAAAACUGAGGGUAGUAAAAUUAUAUUUAGAGGGAGAUUCUCUUUUAGUGGUCAAUGCGAUUGAAAAUAAGUGGGUGGUGAAUUGGCAACUUGAGAUAUGGCUUUCUCUCAUAUUAGAGACUCUAAAUGGCCUUGUCGAGUACAAAAUUAGUCACAUCUUCGAGGAGGGAAAUGGGUCGGCUAAUGAUCUGGAAAAGAUGUUAGCCGCACAUAAGAUCUCUUUUGAAUCAUUACACAUCAAAGCUUGA